AUGUCGCAGCCGGUCCAGGGACAAAGCGAAGGAGGAUCCUGGGUCUCUUGGACCUGGACCCAGCUGAGUGAUGAGAACUCGCCUCUGUCUUUCCUGCUUGGCAACGGUUUGGACACAGCAAUGAAAUAUGGUCUCGACACAGGUUUCGGCUUCAUCCAAACAGUGUGCGCAAUUGUCGGCACCGUCACCAUGACAGCAGCAGCAAAGCGAGCAUUGUAUCCCCAAGCGCGCCCAGUCGAGCCCCUGUUCAAUCGACUUCGCAUGGAAGGUGGUCCUUUACCACCCACACAGCAGCACAUAUGGUUUCAGACCGAUCCCUACAAGCUGCUGAAACACAAUCGGAUUGUAAUCUUACAGGGGGAGUCCCAGAGUGGCAAGACCCUACUCCUACGCACUGCCAUACCAUGGAGAAAUCGUUGGACGAUUUGGCCCUUGAGCUGGAUCUGCUGGCGCGGCAUAUACAUGAAUGGAGGCGAAGCGCAUCGCCAGGACAGCUUCGGCCAGUGGAUCACUUUCCAGAUGUUUGGCACACUUGUCCGGGUGGGCUCAGAAAUCAAGCAGUGUGUUUGGGCAUAUCGGAAGCAGCAGUGGUUCUGCCUCGCCAUGGAGAAGAUGCGCAUUCCCUUCCCGCUGCUGCUGCCCAAACCGGUGUUCGUCAUUGUGGACCAGUUUGAGGAGGUUCUCCGGAAGUACCCGGAACAAGCCAUGGCAUGGGCGGAUGCCGUCGUCCACAGCCACGCCCGGAACAACUACGCGCGAAUUCUGUUUGUGGUGAACUCCGACUUUGGCGCCCAAUCUCUACUCAAUCUUGCUACCCGGGGGAUACAGUUCGAGAGAAUUUAUAUGCUGCCUCCCAAAGAGGACUGGAGGUACGCACGCGCAGACAAAGAGCUGUUCAAGCAGUGCGGCUCCAAUGUGGGUCUGUACAAGAAGGUGGCGAGGCGAUUACGAGACGGAAGGCUACACAAAAGUGACGUUGACCAGUUUGUCAUGGAGACCCGCGCACGAUGGCAGAGGGACUUCACUAUCCCCUUCCCCGUCUGGCCGCACCAGUCCUGGUUCAACCUGCCACUGGCGCAGGCAAAGCGCGAGCUCGUCAAGGGUCUGGAUGUGCUCCUGCAGUCCGAAUACAGGACGCCAGAGCAGAACUUCAUUCGAACCAAUAAGGUUCUGGAGGUCGUGAUUCCUCAGCUGGAGCUCUUGGACUCGACGCAGCUGUUUGACUCUUCGAUGGCAGAUUGGACCAGGCACCACCGCCGCUUCCAUCCCACUGAAAGCCUUGAUUCCCUAAUUCUUACCAAGCACGAAGCUUAG